UCAUUUAAUUUCAUUAUUCGAUUUGCUGUUAGUUUUUCCUUUGUUAUUUAACCAAGUAAUCUAUAUUAAUCGGCCUAAUCACCCCCUGGGAAUGCUCCAGCCACCCAGAGUAACUCGUCUUGCAUCGAUUAAAUUGGCAGGUGACAGCUGCCUUUGUCUCCAACAAUCACCUGAUAAAAUAUACAAUUAGUCAAGUAUGGCGGACACCAGUGGGACAUGACUCGAUGAAAAAUGAAGCAAUAAGCAAGUCGUCGUGGAAUUAAUCACCAGAGCAUCAUUAACACUCCUCGGUGAUCAACGUACGUUUGGACAUCGGUAUUUUAUUUCGACACAAUGAAUACGUUAGUGGAAAAAUUUGUGCAUAGUCAGCCGAUGGAGGAGAUCCUCGGUAAGGAUGAGGAGGACGAUGUCACCAUGGAGUCAUCCACCGAGAGUCUAGGGCUUGAGUUCCAGAUGACGAAUAAGUACAAUAAAUUAUUACCUUAUGCUGAUGAGCUCAAUGCAGAGGCUAUGUGUCUUCUUGGUGAGAUCAAGGGACAGCUGGGGAACGCUGUGGCCUUGAGGAAACUCGACCCUGACUGUGCUUAUGCUACGAUGAAGCUCCAGGUUUACAUGAAGCUGUACAGCUUGAGAUUCACCAAGGAGGAUCACAUCAUGUUCGUCAAAUUGAUGUACGAGUUGUCGACAAUUCCUGAUUUGGAUUCGUCUCUGUUGGAUAUUUUUGGUUCCACUCUUGUUAAUCUCCUCAAGAAGACCAAACUCCUGACUCCCAGUGACCUGGAAUUACCCUGGAGACCUCUGUAUCACCUCAAGAAGAGGCUCCUGAAAGUCAGUGUGUCGUCGUCUGGAAUGCAUCGUCCACUUCCUGGACUCUCCAAACUUCUCAACAAUCUUAUUAGUUUAGCGAAAAAUUAUUUCCCAGUGUCAGCCACUCAGGAAAUUCUCGACGAGCUCCGUCCCUACAUCUGCCCACUGGACCCCUCAACCAUGACAAGAACGAUGAACGACUUCAACAACUUCCUGCCGGUCCAGCUGCCCCCGGAACACCACGCCUCAGGAUUUCACCUGUGGUUCACCGAAUUAAUGAGCCUCUGGGAUACAUACCACAACGCCGGGGCAUGGCAGCAAUCGAUGAUGUGGCUGAUGGCUAAACUCGCCUCCAAGAACGUCGGCUACAUCGACUGGACCCCGCACAUUCCCCUGAUGUUCACCAGGUUCAUCCGUUGCCUGAAUUUAUUAGUUUACUACAAAGACAUUCACUGUGGAAAAUUCCACAAGAUGGAUACGCAAUCGAUAGCUCUGUGGAUCGUAUCAAUCCUAGGAAAUGACUCCCCAGGUCAAUUCCAUCUGGAGAAACUCCUGAAGACAGUGGAGACGUACUUCUACCAGGCGAAUACAGGCCCGUGGGUGGACAAGCUGAAGGAUCUUCUCAGCAAAUUGGCGACGCAAUUCGUGUACCGUCUCAACGCCGAGAGAUACCCCAGGACAACCUGGGAGACACCCAUACCCGAUUCCCACAAGCUGACGGACGCCGACGUCGACGCCUUCGUUACGUCGAUGAUGCCAGUUGCCAUGACAGCGAUGUUCGGACAGUCAAGCAUCAACGCAACGUUCACUGUCUUCAGACUCCUCGCGACAAUUCGUCCCAACAUGGUAAUACCCCACGUAAUCGAGAGAAUGUUCUCCACCCUGGACUCCCUCACGGAACCCCACAAAUUAACCGCCUCCAUGGCAGCCGUCACUGCUGUAGCCCGACCCCUUCUCCAAGGACGAAGAAACGUCAACACCGGUUACACGUACAACGAAGGCCCAUCCCGAGUUAUUCCUCUGCUAAUGUCAUCCCUUCCAGGGAUCGAUGGUAACGACCUGGUGAAAUCAUUUGCCACCUUCAGACUGAUCUCAGUGUUCUCCACGAUGAUUCCCCUGACAGACUCAUCCCGAGCAAUCGGGGAGAACAUCCACGAGGACGAGAGGGAGGUAUGCGAAGAGACUGCGCAGUUUGAGGACUUUUUCCUCCAGUUUUUGGAGAGAAUUUUCUCGUUAAUCGAGUCGAGUACCCUGGACUACGUCUCCCAUGAGACCCAGGAAAACGAAGGUAAAAGUAAAGUGGAGGGACUCGUAGAGAUGGCCCUGGCGUCGGUCUGCACGAGACUUCUCCGUAGGACAAGCACUGAUAUUUAUCAAUCAGCGCUGCACAAGCUCAGGAUUUUUGUCACGGAGAAGGUAUUCGAGACGAGGAUCUCAGGGCCACUGGUGGCUUCCCUGUGCAGGAGUUUCUCAAGGAUCAAUGGCAGGGAAACCCUGAAGGCUCUGCUACCGACUCUAGCUGAGACAAUUCAAGAGCUCGUUGAGGAGGGAGAUGCUGCCAAAGAGGAGAAUCUUGAUGACAGACUGCUCUAUGCUCUCCUCCUGGUCGCCAACAUCACGGACACGAGGGGACACGACCUCAUGCCCCACGUGGAGACCCUCAUAGCGAUCCUCGACAAGACCCUCCACCUGAAGUCCAGAGAAGGCUCAAAGCUCGCCUCCAGGAUUCUCAGGUUCAUGUUAAUCUCCCUCUCCCAUACAGCUGUCUUCUACAAUUGCAUGUAUAAUGGAAAGGACUACAACGAUCCUGACUAUCCCCACGUCCUUGACUGGGGCCAGGGGGCAGACAUCGACGAGAUGGAGCUGCAGUGGUAUGUCCCUGGGGAGGAGGAGAUUGCCAUGAUCCAGAAGAUCUUCAACAGGUACCUCCCAGUGGAGAUUGAGAGGAUAAAGGAGUACGUGGAGACAGGCAAUUCGAUCACAAGACAAGAGUUGAGGACGAGUUUGAAUAUUAUAGCUGGAAUAAUCGAGGGCUGCAUCGCCUUCCUUCCACUGCCAGAGGACGACACCAAGUGCAGCAAGCACGAAUUAAUUCCUACCCUGGGAGUAAAGGGUGAAGUGACGAUGCCAGACGGUGGAAAUGUACGCCAGCAGUUGGUGAGAGUUGUCUGUUCACUCCAGGAAAUGAUGCUCAAAUCGUCUGAGGAUGAUACCAAAAGUUUGAAGGUUCUGCCGAUGAUCUGGAGUUUUCUGCUGUUGGGGCAGUAUCGUUAUGUGGACAGCUAUCGCCGGCACUCAACCGCCAUGAAGAUCCUCAAGGUCGACCUGAGGGACGAUCUAAUAAAGAAGAGGAAGUACCUGGCUGAGUACAUCGUGGAGAGAGCUGAGCUCCAGCACGAGAUGAGAAUCUACGCGAGAUUUUACUGUUUCAGAGCCAUCCACAAGGACAUAAUCCUCCAGUUGUUCAAUCUAGCUACCAGCAUGUAUGCAGACGUCAGGAAAACUCCUCAGGACUUGUUGUUCAUGGCGCACACGUAUUUCUCAGACAGUUAUAAAUCUCUGGAGCCCCACCUCGUGGAGAUGCUGGGGAGAAACCCAGAGGAGCACCACGAGGGCCACAAGGGACUGCUUUACCUUUUGCUGGGUCCCAGGGAAGGUGCCCUCGUCAAUACGAGGGACUGGAGCUUCCUGAGGAGCCUCUGGCCAGCCCUCGUCAAGUCCAAACCCUCAGAGAAGCAAUCCAUCAUCAAACUGAAGAAGAGUGUCACCGACACCAUCUUCAGUGGCUUCCAGAAUUUCUCAAUUAAGCUCAACGUCCCUGAAAAAUGUGUAGAGCUUGCCCUGGAGAUGUGGGAGAGCUCCCCUCGACCCUCGAUCCCUCGACCCACCGAGGGGCAGAUCCAGGUGGGGCUAGAAGAGCUGAAGCAGCUGGAGACUAAAAACAUCGAGAAUUAUGAGGGCCUCAUGGAUGCCAUCGUCAGUGCAAUCGAGCACAACUGCCACUGGCGGCAGAGGUCAAUGGGUAUGAAAAUCCUACGUGACCUCGCCCACUCUGAGAGGAAUUACACCCUCAGGGCCAUCAACUACUUCCUCAACGCUCUCCUCCACGACUCCCUGGAGGAACGUAAAAUCGCCAUUCCCACCAUGGUGACUAUCCUCAGGCAACUCAAGAGGAAGCACAAAAAAAUUGAGAUUGAUCCCCCGAAGAUGUCGUGCCAAAUACCAGGAAUACGAGAUGACAAUCUGUUUCUCCAGUACAAUCACUCGACACGUCCUCUGACUGAGGAUCAGUGGAAUGAAAAUAGAUACGUUCACGCGCCCUACGUUGGUUUUUACACAUGGCCAAAGAAACUCGAAAUGUACGCACCAGCUCCCUGUCAACCCCCCCUGGGCCCCACCAGGAAGAUGAGCCCCUCGGAGUUGCUGGUGGAUCGCUUCAUCAAGGAUCCCAGCCACAUCACCAGGUUAAUUAAAUUCCACAGCCUUGAGGAUCGAAAGGGUCGUGACAAAUUCAAUGGAUUACGAUUUCAAUUGUACAAAGGCAUCUUCAGAAAUCAUGGGGUUGACAUCCUAGACAUUUUUAUUCCCCACCUGUUGAAUCUGGUGACACAGAAGCAGGAGGCCAGUCAGCUGUGUGCAGCUGAACUGAUAGCAGGUGUUAUCAGAGGCUCCAAGCACUGGGAGUUCUCGAUGGUAACGAAAAUGUGGGACCAGAUGCUUCCAGUUAUCAGGAUAGCCCUGGAGAACGUGACACCUGAGACAUCGAGGGACUGGGGUAAUUGCUUUGGUCAGAGCUUCAGGCGAAGGGAUCCCAACAGACAUCACUGGCUGCUGGAGUGCCUGAUGGAGGAGCCAGCGAUAGCAAACACCACUGCGUCCUUCCUGGAGUGUCACAGACUCUUCAUCCUCCAGGCAUCUCUUGUUAAUCAGUCCUGGAGGAUAUCUGAGCCCUGCGCGAGGCUUCUGGAGAGGGUGGAGAAGCGGUUGCUUGCUGAUCCCUUUCAGAAUGUCAGGGAGAGCAUGGGGAGUCUCCUGACACUCAUAUUCUCGACUGAUUACCACAAGAUCAGUCCAGAGGCUGAGAAAAUGUGCCCCAGGUCCAAGGAGUUUAUGAAUCGUGUUCUGCCACAGCUAUUGGGGCUCUCUGAUAUCGAUGCUACUGAUCUCGAGGCGAGAAAAACUGAAAUCGGCCUUCUGAAGACUGUGUGCAAGUGGAUUGUCGCUCAUUCAUUCACCAGUGAUCAGGGAAAUAUUCCUGAAUCCACAAAAUUGUUGACUGUUUUCUGUCAAGUGGAGAACUGCGAGGGCGAUGAUGAGCUCAGAUUCAACUGCAAUAGGGCCAUUUCUGCGUUUGCACAGACCCAGGCAUUACCUGAGGAGAUGGACAUGAUCCUCGGAGAUGUAGAGGCUGUAUUCAAGGAAAGCUCGUGGUCUGCCAAAAAUUCUUGCCUCAGUUUUCUCGAGGUAUUUGUUUUUUACAACAUGGGGGUCAUCCUCAGCAAGGGUGAGUGGGUCGCCAGGAUCCAGGGAAUUGUCCUCAGGAUGCUCGAGGACGAGAGGGUCGAGGUCCGGGAGAAGGCUGGACAGGUACUCUGUGGACUACUCCACUGCACUUUUCUUCCUGAACCUGAGGCACUGCUGGACGAGUUCAAAUUGAAGUCGAAGAUUAAGAUUAAAAAAAAUGAUGAUCUGAGGUUGAGACACGCUGGAGUUCUUGGACUGUGUGCAUUCGUACGAGCACAUCCUUAUGACGUACCAAAAUAUGUGCCUUUUAUCUUCGAGUACCUCAAUUAUCGUCUCAAUGAUCCACAGCCAAUUCCGACGACAAUAAGGAAUACACUAGGUGAUUUCAAGAGGACCCACUACGACGGAUGGGCCUUACAUGCCCAAUCUUUUACAGAAGAACAAUUGGGCAUUCUCCAAGAUCUGAAUGUCCCUCCAUCCUAUUACGCAUGAUGGUGAUUCAUUUUAUAUAAUUAAUUGUACUGUAAAACUUAAUAAAAAUAAAUACUUUAGUUUAAAUUGA